AUGGCAUCUGACUCCAACGAUGACAUGUCAAUGAGAUCGGGCGGGGAGGACAUCAGGAGCGCCUCUGAUCUCUCCGAGGGGAUUGCCUCGCCAGGCUCGCGGGUAGAGUCUCCAGUUAGUGAGGAGAUAACCGGGCCUGCUUCACCACCACCCGCGGGAGACCAAGUCGUGCAGGAGGAGAAUAUCAUACACGCCCGCGCUUAUCAGUUGGAAAUGCUUGAGGAGAGCCUCAAACGCAACGUCAUCGUUGUCAUGGAUACCGGCAGUGGAAAGACCCAGGUGGCCAUCCUCCGUAUGCGCGCUGCUCUUGAAAACUCACCCUCGGGGAAGAUUGUCUGGUUUCUUGUUCCAACUGUCGCGCUCUGCUACCAGCAGUUGCAAGUCAUCCAGUCGCAGAUCCCGGGUGUGCAAUCCAAGCCCCUGACCGGCAACGACGGGAUCGAUACCUGGUCGAAUACCUCCAUAUGGAAUGCAUUCUUAGAGAAUGUCAGUAUAGUUGUCUCAACAUAUCAAGUACUGUCUCAGGCUCUGGAUCAUGCUUUUGUCCAAACGGAUUCUCUAUCUCUACUCGUCUUUGACGAAGCACACAAUUGUGUGGGAGACAGCCCUGGUCGGAAGAUCAUGACCAGAUAUCAAGAGAACAAGCAGGCAGGCAUCCCCGUGCCAGCUAUCUUAGGUCUGACUGCAAGUCCGACUAUUAAUGCUUCAACCAGUGGAUUGGAAAUUAUCGAGAGAACUCUUGAUGCAGUCUGUCGGACACCAACCAGGCAUAGAGCUGAAUUGCUUCGUCAGGUCAAGCGUCCUGUUAUGUUUCCAGUGCCCUACGGGCCGGGAUUGAAUCAAAACGACCCUGGUAUUGAGACUCAAACCAUGAGGAGCCUCAUGCAAGCUUAUCUGGACCUUGACAUCAACAACGAUCCUUACAUAGUUCGAAAGCUUGCCGAGAACACAGAGCGAAGCUAUUUGGAGCUCCAAAGAGCAUGGAUGAAGCAAGACACCUAUGUCUUCAAGCAGAUGGCAUCAUUCUGCCGCAAAAGCACCGAGAUACGCUGCGAACUCGGACCGUGGGCUGCAGACUACUACAUCAGGAGUGCCAUCACACAGUAUCUUGACUAUGCUAACAAGAGCAGCCAAAACAAUUCGGCCUGGGAGCUUGCGGAGAAGAGAUAUCUAGCUGGCGUACUACAGAAAGUGGAACUGGCGCAAGCCGAUCAUCGCGAUAAUCUACAAGUGUCCAGUAAGGUCACGAAGCUCAUAGAGCAGCUUGUUUCAUGUCCAGCAAACGUCCAGGGUAUCGUUUUUGUCAAAGAAACAGCUACUACACAUGUACUUCAAAGGCUUCUCUCGAUGCACAAGUUGACUCGUACUCGAUUUCGAACUGGCUCGAUGGUGGGUGCUUCACGAUACGAGGCCCGAAAAAGGGAUGUGGGCGAGCUCAAUCGGAAUGAUGGCCUUGUCGACUUGGAGCUUUUCCGUUCUGGCAAGCUCGACAUCCUCAUUGCUACCAGUGUACUCGAAGAAGGCAUAGAUGUGCCGGCCUGCAACUUGGUUGUUUGUUUCGACAGGCCGACUCACUUGAAGUCGUUCAUACAGCGCCGCGGGCGGGCCAGAAUGAGGGAGUCCAAGCUGAUUCUCAUGUACGACAUCAGCUCAGACAGCCAUAUGGCCUGGGAGAAGCACGAGGAGGAGAUGAGGCAACAUUAUGAAGAUCAAUCACGGGAAUUGAAGAAACUGAAAGCCAUUGAAGACGCUGAGAUUCCCUCGGUUGCCCCUUUCUACACCAAGCAUGCCCGUGCUCGACUGGAGCUGGACGACGCCAAAGGACAUCUAGACCACUUCUGUGGAGUCAUUGCAUCACGGGAGUUCGUUGAAUGGAGACCUUACUACAUCAUAACAAAGGUUCCCUAUACCAGGGCAAAGUUCGAGCCGCCUCAGGUUAAAGCGACGGUCGUUCUACCGAAUUCGCUGCCAGCUCACCUUCGACGAAUCGACGGCAAUGAUGUCUGGUACUCCGAGAAGAACGCGUGUAAGGAUGCUGCAUUCGAGGCGUACAAGAGACUUUACGAGGCCGGCCUCGUGAAUGAGAAUUUGAUGCCGUUGAAGGGCAAUGACCUCGUCGAGGGGUUGGAGAGUCGCCUUUCCGAGAUCGAGGUGGAUGAGAGAUGGAAUCCUUGGCCUCACGUGGCCAGAGCCUGGUCUGGAUCGCAAUAUCAUCGCUAUCCAGUUCAACUCCUAGAUCGCUCCAAUGCAGUACUGGCCGAGUUCAGCAUGGUUUCCCCAGUGCAACUUCCAAGUAUCCCGAUGUUCGAUGUUUUCUGGGGCAAUAAAUCCUGGAAGGUAAAAAUUAGCCAGAGAAUGGCGACUGUUGUGGACCUAUCACGGAGCGCCGAGGAGACUAUGGCACUUAUAACCUUGGCAUAUGGACAUCGCUUUGAGGUCGAAGAUGGAAGACAACAUGUCAUUCAGUUUCAUUCACACGGAAAGCCCAUCUCCAGGAAAGAUCUUGGGAGCCAGACCAUAACUUCCGGCUUCUUGGCCCAAGAAAGCGGUGAACUACAGUACCUCAUUCGGAAGACUAUGAACAACAGUCCCUAUUUCUAUGGGGAAUGCUUACCAUCAGAGCCUUCGUAUGAUCUGGUUCGAAAGAAACGGAGCAACUAUGAAGAAGCUUUCCUCCAAGAGAACCCAUUCGAUGGCCCUUGGCUAGCAUUGAAACGCUGGCCUCGGAGGCGAGAUUUCUUACACGAAAUACGCCAGGAUGCGAAACCAGAACAGAGAUCAGCUAAGCCAUAUGAAUACAUUUGGCCGGCAGCUCAUUGUCGUAUGGACUCGACUCCAAUCGUCAAUGUCCAAUUUGCCUCGCUAAUACCAUCCAUUACACACAUCCUAGAGAUAUACUUGUUGGGCCAAGAGUUGUCUACCAACACCGACUUCAAAGAGCUGGCCUUCAAUGACUUGCGACUACUCGUCACUGCGAUCAGCGCCUCGUCGGCGCGAGAGGCAGAUGACUACCAGAGACUCGAGUUUCUUGGCGAUGUCUUGUUGAAGCUGCUCUCAACAAUAAGUGUUGCUGUCAAUCGUCCCCAUUUUCCUGAAGGAUAUCUCUCCAAGAUGAGAGUCAGAAUGCUGUCCAACUCCAGACUUUGUAAGUCGAGUCGUGAUUUUGGGCUAGCCAGGUUCAUUCACACCAAAGAGUUCACUGGACACAAGUGGAGGCCGUUCUAUGUAGACGAGCUGGCCUCCAAAGAAGAAGUUUCUGGGAAGAGGACCAUGUCUACGAAGAUCCUGGCGGAUGUAGUUGAAUCGCUCACGGGGGCUGCAUAUGUCGAUGGCGGUUUGGGAUACAAUGGAUUGGACAAGGCUUUGCGCUGCCUCCGCCUACUCAUCCCUGGCGAUGUAUGGCGUGGCCUUGAUGAAGGGCGGACAGCGCUUCUGUCUCUGAGGGAGUCCAAAUCAAAACUCCCUCCUACGCUGGCACCUCUUGAGAGCCUGCUGGGCUAUUCUUUUAGCUGCAAAUCUCUGCUGGUCGAGUCCAUGACACACUCGUCAUUCAAUCUGGCAUCGUCCAACGAACAGUCUCUCGAGCGCCUCGAGUUUAUCGGCGACGCCAUCCUGGACUACCUCAUCGUCAUGGAGCUCUGGGAGAGGAACCUUCCCGAGAGCCGCAUGUCGCCCCUCAGGGCUGCGUGCGUGAACGCUGACCUGGUCGGCUUCUUAGGCAUGGAGUGGAGCAUAUCUCAGCACACCGCAAAUAUCGAGAAUGCGGUGGCCGUCCCCGCCGAGUUCAAGAUCCCGUUCUGGAAGUUCAUGCGCCAUUCAUCCGAGGCCGUCGGCGCCGUGCAGAAAGCUGCGGAGGAGCGGCACGCCCUCGAGCGGGACGCCAUCCUCCAGGCCAUCAGCAGCUCCAGGGUAUACCCCUGGGUUCUCCUGUCGCACAUUCAUAUCCCCAAGUUCUUCUCAGACAUCUUCGAGUCCGUCCUUGCCGCUGUGUGGCUGGACUCGGGCGAUAUGAGCGUGUGUAGGAGCCUCCUGGAGCGUAUUGGAAUCUUACCGUUCCUUCGCAGGAUCCUGGAGGACAAUGUCGACGUGACCCAUCCCAAGAACAAGCUCGGCGAGAUAGCAGGACAACGCCUAGUGGAGUAUAAAGUUGGCUUGGUCACGGCAGAGGAGGCCGCCUAUGUAUGCAAGGUCUUCGUGGGUGAUGAGUUGGUGGUUGAGGUCGGUGGCGGUAAUCAUAAGGAUGAAGUCAUCACGAAGGCCGCUGAAAAGGCUUAUGAGGUCUUAAGAGCAAAGUCGGAUGCUGAAGCAGAUGCAAUGGAGGUAGAUGUGUAG